AUGGCCGAGGAGCCGCAGAUAAACUGCUGGGAGGAUUUCAGAGACUACGUGGUUCGCAGCGACAUCCGCUUUGUGCGGCCAGACUACAUCCUCCGUCUCCAUGCGGAGGGGCGCGUUUUUCCACGCCGGCAGGAGGCAGAGGCGGAGGAAGGAGCCCUGUUCCAGCUCGAUCCCGCCACACAGGCUGGAGACUUCAAGUAUGUCGCCGUCUCGCACUGCUGGGAGUCGCGCGAGCAUCCUGACCCGCACGGUUUCCAACUGAAACUCCUUUCAGCCUGGAUUUGGAUUUGCUCCCACCCGGAGCAGACUGGAAUUACCCGUGGCAGCCGUGCUCAUGAGUCCCAGGAGGUUGUUUUUUUCAUUGACUAUGUAUCCCUUUACCAGUUCGGCAACAGAACCGAGACCCAGGAUGCAAGCUUUCGCCGCAGCAUUGAGCACAUGCACUUGCUCUAUGCCAACUCGAGUGCAGACUUCUGCCAAGGUGUACUGAGCAUCUCGCGCCUCACGCCGUGGUGGUGGAAGAUCGAUCGCAGCAAGGCCAUACCGGUAUUUAGCAAUCCUGCUGGGUGUGUUCAGGAAGUGCCACUCGCAAAUCUUCGGCCGACAACUGGGGGAAGAUGUAGUGAGCAGUGUGAUGCUUCGUUCGCGAACUUGCACGCGAACCCAACGCCAUACUGGCAUCGCGGAUGGUGCCGUGCAGAAGUGGAAUGGGCAUCGCCUGCGAUCCAGGAUAUUUCUUACUGCAUUCUGUCUAGAUGGGGCUCCAGGAUGCUGCCCCCCAUGUAUUUGGGAGUCGUUUUUCUUUCGCCGGGGUUUCAUACAUGGGCUGGUCUGUAUGGUGCGUUCGGCCUGCAGUGCCUGCUGAUAUCAGUCCUGAUAUGUCUACAGGAUGUGCACGUGCUCCGCAACCCAGGCACCAAUGGCUCUUGGUCACGAUCCAGACUGCCCCUCUCGGCAGAAGAAUUUCAAGAGCAAGUGCGAACCAGGGGCGUUGCCUUCACUCAUCGGUCUGAUGUCAGCCAAGUGGUUUCCUUGCAGGAGAUGGUUUACAGACAGAAGCUGGCCGCGACCAAGAGAUUGUCCUUGACUCGGCUGGCUCGUGGUGACAGGCACAAACUGCCAGGCAUUUUGUUGAACAACCCUCUGCUGACAGAAUUGGCGCUGAGCGCCACCUUCUUGACCGAGGCCGACAUGGAAGCUUUGGCCGCCGUGCUAUGCACGAAGGAGCUUGAGACUCUGCAGUUGGAGACUGUGCCUCUCUGUUCUCGCUCCUUUCGGCAUUUGUGCAGCGCGCUUCGGCCGCAGCUCCGAGUCCUUGCUCUGUCUUGGUGCAGCCUUGGGGACCAGCAGAUGCCGCUGCUUGCAGAAAGCCUUGGCGCACUACCUUUAGAGGAGCUCGUUCUCAGCUACAACAGAAUUAGCAGCAAAGGAGCAGCGACUUUGGCUAGCGCCCUGCGUUCGCAUCCUACGCUCAAAUGUUUGGAUUUGAGUGGGAAUCGUCUAGGGCACGUGGGUGCCACCGCUGUUGCAGAAUCGCUGAUGCCAAACCCCGCCAUGGAAAAGCUGGUUCUGAAAGGCACUGGGGUCCGGCUUAGUGGACUGCAUCACAGACUCAGACCGCACCAAGAGAUCCAGGUCACGCGCCGCAUUUUCGGAUUGGUAGCCUUCGUCUCUCUCGUCGUUUGGAUUUUCAUUAUGUGUUGGGCCCCUUCGACGGCGAUGCUCGUCAUCCCACCAUGGGCCCUAGCCACUAUACUGUACGUAUGUUGUCCCUCCUUACCCUCAUUGUUUGACUGGUAUGUGGACUUCACGGUAUACAUAUACACUUUGGAGGCCCAGUCAAAACUUGCAGACUGGAGCCUGCUUUUUCAUGACCGGCUGGAGUCUUCCUGGGCGAAAGCAGGCGAAGUCCAGGAGAGCAGCUCUACGCCCCUCCUUUCGGGCUCUUGCUGUUAG